GACCCAACGCGGAACCCCUCCCGUCAACCACUAUAAAAGCCACCUCCUUCCCCCUUUCCGCACUUCCUAUCCUCUCUCUCCAUACUGUUGUUUAGUGGCGAUGGCCGGAGGAGCGAUUGUUAAAGCCCACGGCGAUGGAAAGGAAUAUCCAGGGAAGAUGACGUUGUUCGUUUUCCUCACAUGCCUCGUGGCUGCCACCGGUGGCCUUAUCUUUGGCUACGACAUAGGCAUCUCUGGUGGGGUGACAUCGAUGGAUUCAUUUCUGAGAAAAUUUUUUCCGGCGGUGUUCCGUAAGGAGAAGGAAGAUAAGAGCACGAAUCAGUACUGUAAGUUUGAUUCCCAGCUGCUGACGACGUUCACUUCAUCGCUUUAUCUUGCGGCACUCAUCGCUUCCUUCUUUGCGUCGACGGUGACGCGUGUGUUCGGCCGGAAGUGGUCCAUGUUUGGCGGCGGCGUCACGUUCCUCGUCGGCGCUGCUCUUAACGGUGCGGCUAAGAACGUUGCCAUGCUUAUUAUCGGUCGAAUCCUUCUUGGAAUUGGCGUGGGGUUUGCCAACCAGUCCGUGCCCGUGUACCUAUCGGAGAUGGCACCGGCGAAACUUCGCGGCAUGCUCAACAUCGGCUUCCAACUCAUGAUCACAAUCGGCAUUCUUGCCGCCAAUCUCAUUAACUACGGAACGGCCAAAAUCAAAGGCGGCUGGGGCUGGCGCGUGAGCCUCGCCCUUGCGGCAGUCCCCGCCGGCAUCAUCACCCUCGGCUCCCUCUUCCUCCCCGACACCCCCCACUCCCUCAUCGAGGCUAACGACAAAGCCCGCACCAUGCUCUGCAAAAUCCGCGGCACCGAUGACAUCCUCGACGAGUACGCCGACCUCAAAGCCGCCAGCGAAGAGUCCAAAACCGUCAAGCAUCCAUGGCGCAACAUCGUUCAACGCCGUUACCGUCCCCAACUCAUCAUGGCCAUCCUCAUCCCCUUCUUCCAACAGGUCACGGGCAUCAACGUCAUCAUGUUCUACGCCCCUGUUUUAUUCAAAACACUUGGUUUUGGCAACGACGCUUCGCUUAUGUCGGCAGUCAUCACCGGCCUCGUCAACGUCUUCGCUACCUUUGUUUCAAUCUUCACCGUCGACAGACUCGGCAGACGAAAGCUGUUUCUGGAGGGUGGUGUACAGAUGAUUGCUUGCCAAAUAAUAGUGGGAACGCUGAUCGCAAUAAAGUUUGGAACUUCAGGGGAGGGACACUUGUCGCAUACUUACGCCGGCGCAGUGGUGGCUUUCAUCUGCAUCUACGUUGCUGGUUUCGCGUGGUCGUGGGGGCCGCUUGGGUGGCUUGUUCCAUCGGAGAUUUUCCCGUUGGAGAUCAGAUCAGCCGGGCAGAGUAUUACGGUUUCGGUGAACAUGCUGUUCACUUUUAUCAUCGCACAGGCAUUCCUUGCCCUGCUUUGCAGGCUCAAGUUUGGACUUUUCUAUUUCUUCGGUGGAUGGGUGGUGAUAAUGACUAUCUUUGUGGCUUUCUUCUUGCCCGAGACGAAGGGGGUGCCAAUUGAGGAGAUGGUGCUUGUCUGGAAGGGACACUGGUUCUGGAGCCGCUUCAUUGCCGACGAAGAUAUUCAUGUCGGGUCCACACUUGAGAUGGCAAAGGGUAAAAACGGUGGUGGCGCUACAGCCUCCGUAUGAUCGCCGGCGUAUGGAUUCAGGUAGGAGGAGGAGUUAAUGACAUUACCACGCACAAGGCAAAAAGAAAAGAAAAAAAACUUUUUUCCCGUUAUUUUUUGGGGGGUGUAAAAUGUUUGUAUGUUUAGUUUGUAUCAUUGAGUUGGUCUAUGUGGACCGGUGUCAUCUCUACUGCCCAGUGUUGGGAGAAGUUUGAUUUAGUUAUUUUCUUUUUUUUUUAAUAUUUAUUGUCGAGAAAUAUUUUUA